AUGUGGUCCGUAGCUCAGUCCAGAUCGAAAUCGCACCACAAAAUCCAGUUCAAGGACUUGGAACACUUCCUCUUCCUACCACACAUACUCUCGAGCAUAGAAGGCAUUCGGAUACAUCAAAGUGCUGCAAAAAAUCUCAAGAUGCGACCUCAAUCAGAACAACAAAGCUACCCCUUUCUCCCUCGCUUAGCAGCAAUGGAGACACAUCAAGUUGCCUAUUCUCCUUCUAGCGAGGGGUCUCUUCAGAGGCUCACAACAACACCACCUUCCCAACAAUCCGGAUGCAGUCUCUUCAGCCUACCUGCAGAAUUGUUUGACGAGAUCUUGGGCUAUCUUUUGCCACCUGCAACUCUCGUCACACUUCUUUCUAACCCAAGAAAUCCCCAUGAUCCAUCUAUCAAUGUCAAAUACAGGGUUUAUUGUCAUGAUCCGCAGCAAACAAAGCAGCGGACAUAUUCUGAGGAUGAUCGAAUCUAUCCUGCUAUCCUCUAUACAUGCAAGCAGAUGUAUGCAUACACUGAGUGGUUCUGGGAUAGGUAUACAUUUGCCUUCACUGCGGAAAAAUGGCAACAUAUGCACUACUCGUUCCUGACAAGGGGCAAUCCAUUCGCUGGCCUCACGGACCGCCUCAAACACGCAGAAGUCGAACUAUCGAUCAUGGAUUCCCAUCGACAUGCAAAAUUUGCGUAUAGAAUAUUCCAGCUCUUGAAAAACUGCAAGAACUUGCAAUCGGUCACUCUCCGCAACAACUCAAGCCGCUGCCCUGAAGACGACAUGUGGCUAGAUAUCAUUUGCCACCAAGCUCCUGCAAUUGUCGAACUUGAUGUUCCAUUCGAAACCGAGAUAUUGAGUGCUUUUGCUUGUGUGGGAGGGGUCGUAGCAGCUUUUGGCUCUCUCAUUGCGAGAAAUGGGCCCUUGGCGAAGGUCAAGAGAAAGAUGAUAAUAGAUAUUCCACCAGAACUCAAAACCGACAACCGAAACGCAGCACCAUGGCGUUUAAGAGGAACACAAUGGCUGAAUCGUUGGCUUCGUAUUUGGCACAGGCACUGGGGAGGAGAGUUGCGAAUCAAUGGUACCCUCGUCAGGAUGGACAAUCAACAGUGCCAACGAGUUCUGCUGAAUGUUGGACCCAGCAAGCCCGAUCCCGAUUCAAUUUUUGGAGGACAAGAACUCAGAGCCGCCCUCAGUGUGGACUUCAAGCCUGUGGUGGACAUGGCAGAAGAAGAAAAAUUUCUUGGUAAGGCCGGAAAUCUCACCACUGUAGUGGUUGAAUAUCUAGCCAAAAGAGUUCAGUUGCGUGGCAUUGAUGAUGGGAGUGUACCUACUUAUAUCCUCGACAAGUUGGGUUGGCGCCGAAGAUUCUGAAUAAAGACUGAGGAAGAACUGGCACGCAUAGUAAACGUAAG